AAUAAUAAUAAUAAUAAUAAUAAUAAUAAUAAUAAUAAUAAUGAUGCUGAACAGGUAUUUGUCACGGCAAAAUAUGCUGGAGAAGAUAAAGAAUUAUUUGAACGUAACGUUUAUUUGUUACGAAAACAAGCUGCUGUGCAAAUGGAUAAACAGAACGUUGAAUGCUAUGUGGUAUCACUGAGUUCAUCGACUAUUGUUUAUAAGGGACAGUUUACACCCGAUCAGCUUUAUCGCUAUUAUUCGGAUCUCACGAAUGUCGACUUCGUGACGCACAUCGCCGUCGUGCAUAGUCGUUUUUCAACGAAUACAUUGCCGUCAUGGUGUAGAGCACAACCAAAUAGAAUGGUUGCGCAUAAUGGUGAGAUCAACACGCUUCGUGGUAAUAUUAACUUCAUGCAUGCACGUGAAGGUGUAAUGGAGAGCAAACUAUAUGGCGACGACCUCACUAAAUUGUAUCCUGUCGUCGAAAAGAAUCUAACGGAUUCGGGUAGUUUCGAUAACGUGAUUGAAUUUUUGGUUCGUGCUGGACAUCGUUCACUGCCAGAAGCCGCAAUGACCAUGGUGCCAGAGGCAUGGGAAAAAGACGAGGAAAUGGCACCUGAGAGGCGGUCAUUUUAUCGAUGGGCCGCAAUGUGUAUGGAGCCUUGGGACGGACCGGCACUGAUGGCGUUCUCGGAUGGCAGAUAUGUUGGUGCAAUUUUGGAUCGUAAUGGACUUCGACCAGCACGUUACUAUUUGACUGAUGAUGAUCAUGUAUAUUUGUCGAGUGAAGUGGGUGUCAUUGAUUUGCCAGUCGGAUCAAUCAUCAAAAAAGUCGGUUUAUUUUUUCCUUCAUUUUUGCAUCCUUUUUUAUUUAUAUGUUUAUUUACUUCUCAGCCUGCAUCAUUCAACGAAAUUUUUAGCUCUUAUUCAAUAAAUUUUGAAUUGUUAUUAUUAUUGUAUCUUUCGUUACUAUAA